GAAAAGGAGAAGGAAUGGCAGUGAAGAAGACCACCAUCUCCCGCCACAGACCAAAAGGAGCAGUAGAAACCCUGUCUUCCGCGAUUCUUGGGACACAGAGUCUUCGAGCAGCGACAGCGGCGGCAGCAGCAGCAGCAUCAACAGCCCCGACAGGGCCAGCGGGCCGGAGAGCAGCUUGCACCACCUCGCCGCCGGGUCCAGCCCCCACACCCCGCAGCCCGCGCCCGAGCCGUCCGCGCUGUGCCCAGGCCCCUACUUCCACAUCAACCAGACCCUGAAGGAGGCCCACUUCCACAGCCUGCAGCACCGGGGCCGGCCUCCCUCGUGACGCGCCGGCAGACUCUUGCCUUCUGUGAAGGGACAGCGCUGUGCGGAUUUGAUAUUUCAAGUUAACGAUGUUUUAAAACAAAUUGCACAAAAAAAUGCCUGUUGGCUUUUCAGUCUAUAUUUGAGAUAACAGGUUAACAGGCUGUUGUUUACUUGUGGUUUUGCUGCACUAUUGCGAUUUCCAAGGGGCUUUGAAGCAGUUUUUUAUAGGAUUCUUUUAAGGGUGGGUAUCAAGGGAACCAUAGGAGGACACAUCAUCUGUGUGUUGAACCCAUAGUUUGUCCAGUUUAGACUGCUUUCCAGGUCUGUCAGUUAGAAAUUCUACUUUACGUAAAAAGGCCUUUUAAAACUGCAGGAUCUUCAAUUUUUUAAAUAAACUAGUAAAGAGGAUCUACUUUCCAUGAAAAAAAAAAAAAAAA